AUGAGCGCGACCGCAGUCGACGCGAACGCGGCCUCGCCCUCACCGGCUUCCGAACCGGUCGUCGCUUGCUCAUCCGUCGCAUUAACUGCGACUCCGUCGCCGGUCUUACUCGCGACGGCUCAAAUCAUUGUAAGCGCUCCGUCGGGGCGCUCGGUGCAAGUUAGGGCCCUGCUCGACCAGAGUUCUGAGGUAACGUUGGUCACUGAACGAGUUGUUCAAACUCUGCGACUUCGUCGCAUGCGGACACUCACAUCCAUUUCUGCGGUGGGUUGCGCUUCCGCCGGAACGUGUCGACACGUCGCGCAACUUCAAAUUACCUCGCGCGAUGGCCUCGGUCCGGCGUUCUCGACGCUCGCAUACAUUUUGCCGUCUCUUACCAAAUACGUACCGCGUGGCACUCCUCUCAGCUCAGCGUGGACACAUCUCGCCGAUCUCACAUUGGCUGAUGCUGACCCCACCGGAUCGGAACAAAUCGAUGUGCUGAUCGGAGCUGAUUUGUUCUCGCAAAUUCUCAUCGACGGUGUCCGCAGGGGACCCGCCGAUCAACCCAUCGUUCAGAAUACCCACUUAGGCUGGGUUCUUUCAGGCCCUACGGGGGGCACAGCUGUUCCUUCCUGCCAGAUUGUUGCUAAUCACUGUUCGCUCGAACAUGAUUUGCGCAAGUUUUGGGAACUCGAGGAGGUCCCUCAAGUGGACACUACCUCCCCCGAAGACAGGCAGUGCGAGGAGCACUUUCUCUCAACGCACACUCGCGACCCCGAGGGGCGGUACGCAGUGCGUCUUCCUUUCCGCAAUAGCCCUCCUAUCGAUAUAGGCGAAUCUCGGUCAAACGCGAAAGGGAUGCUCACGGGAUUAACUCGUCGUUUGUCGCGUAAUCCGGAUUUAAAAGAAGCUUACUCCGCAUUCAUGUCAGAGUACGAGGAACUCGAGCACAUGAGUCGAGUGCCUCCUCCAUCGUCCGAUUCGACACAGACAGUCUAUAUCCCGCAUCACCCAGUAAUUCGGGAAUCCAGUUCCACGACGCGUGUUCGCGUGGUGUUCAAUGCCUCCUGCGAAACCUCGAACAUCACUCAAUUCUCAUCUUCUCUCGGGACCAAAACUCCAAGCAGAUUUGGUCGCUGUUCUCCUGCGGUGGCGGCAGCACAACUUCUUGUCGAUGAGGGUGACCGAUUUCCUCUCGCUUCAGCCGUUCUCAAAGAUAACAUUUAUGUGGACGAUGUGCUGUUCGGGGCUGAGGACAUUCCGUUGCUUCGUCAGGCUCGAGAUCAAGUCUGCUCGCUCCUUCAGAGUGGCGGCUUUAAAUUACGAAAGUGGGCGAGUAAUCGCGCCGAGCUUUUGACUGACAUUCCGUCAGACGAUCACGGACUUGCUUGCAAUAAAAUUAUGCAGCCUGACGAGCGACUGAGUGUUCUCGGAUUGUCGUGGAAACCAGCGCUCGACGUAUUCCAAGUGCAUGUCCACGUUUCGCCCGAGGUCUCUAAGACCAAGCGGGCAAUUCUCUCGACUAUUGCCAGGCUUUUUGACCCGAUGGGCUGGGUCGCUCCAGUCAUCGUCGCGGCAAAAAUUCUCAUGCAGCAACUGUGGCGCUGCGGAUGCGAUUGGGAUGACGAGAUCCCGCCGGAUGUUCAGUCACGUUGGACAUCCAUCUAUCAAUCUCUGUCAAGCAUCGACGGCUUGACGCUGCCUAGAUGGACGAGUCGCGGUUCGGACACGGCCGGCUGCGAGUUGCACGGAUUCGCCGACGCGUCCUCCGUCGCUUACGCCGCUGCCGUGUUUAUGCGCGUCACGUCUCUAUCCGGGGAAGUUGUCGUGACGCUCCUGGCCGCCAAAUCAAAGGUGGCGCUAGUCAGGCCGACAAGCGUUCCGCGGCUCGAGCUAGCGGCGGCAGUGCUGCUCACUCGCUUGAUGGAUUUUGUGCGGGUCUCACUCGACAUUCCUACUCUCGCGUGUCACUGUUGGACCGAUUCUACAGUCGCGUUAGCCUGGUUGAAUCGCGAUCCGUCAAAUCUCGCUUGA